GAUGAUGGAAGUAUCCUUUGCAAUUGUUAUGACUUGAAACAGCAUCUCGCUUUCUUGCCAAACAUCUGGAGGCUAUUAUAGGUUAUAGAACAGCUGCAAAGGAGUGGCUCCUUUUCCUGCCACCGCAGACUGAAAAACAAUAGAGACGUCUGGCAUGCACAGAUCGCACCUGACCUAAUGCCACGUUGUUAAAAAAAUUCACCUGGAAAACUAAAACUAGCACACAGCAUGUGUCUUGUUCUUGUGAUUUUGUCUGGACACGUGCAUCCUGCAGCAAGCUAAGCGUCAGUGUAUCAGUCCAAGUCCUGCAAAAAAAGAAGAAGUGGCAAAGAGAAUGAGCGGCCCCGUGUCGUCUUCCUGCUCACUCAGGGUUAAAUUCUCACAGACACUUGACUUCCUCUUGCAAACCUCUCACUCUAACACCCCGGCAAGCCCUCCUCGCUUUUUUUCCCCUCAAGUAAAUGUUAUAAAUAGUGCUGUGUGUUCUGUUGACUGGCCAUCCUCCGCUCAAAGUGAAUGUCUCUCUGCACUGCCCACCUUUGCUCACCUUUUCACUCCUCUCUCGUUCCGUUUUUCUCUAAACACACACAAAAACACUUUGGUUCAAACUUUUCCUUUUCCCUCUUUACAGGUCUCUCUGCUUCUCUCUCAGAGGCUUUUUACAGGAUUUUCUGAUUGUUCUUGUUCUGCUAAAAGACUGGAAGGAAAUCUUUAGAUAUUCAGGAGUCUGUCAGGAUGCGUUGUGUAAGUUGGUUGUUGUUGGGGACCUGCCUCCUGGUCCUGGGCCCAGCGGUGCAGGGAGCCCCGAGCCAGUGCCCCAGCCUCUGCCACUGCCACGGUGACCUUCAGCACGUCAUCUGCGACAGCGUCGGGCUGAGGAAGAUCCCUCGGGUGUCAGAGGCCACCCGUUUGCUGAACCUGCAGAGGAACAACUUGGGCAGCAUUCCCACAGGGGCCUUCAGCGAAAGCAAGGGACUCAUCUCUCUGCACAUGCAGCACUGUCAGCUCCGAGAGAUCGGAUCCCAGGCCUUCAAAGGGCUGAAGAAGCUCAUCUACCUCUACCUGUCCAACAACGAGAUCAACAGCAUCAAACCCGGUGCCUUCGAGGACCUCACUGAGCUCACCUACCUCUACCUAGAUGGGAACCAGAUCAGCGACCUGGCCAAGGGCAUCUUCUCCCCCAUGAUCAACCUCUUCAUUCUGCAGCUCAACGACAACAAGCUGCGAGACCUGCGGCCGGGGACCUUUACCGGUGCCAAAGACUUGCGCUGGCUGCACAUGAGCGGGAACGAGCUGACCACCCUGCAGCCGGGCUCUCUGGACGAUGUGGAGAACCUCGCCAUACUUCAUCUGGACAGGAACAAGAUGUCUACCUAUCCCAGCGUGGCCAUGAGUAAACUGCGCGUGGUGGAGGAACUCACGCUGGGGAGGAACCCCAUGAGGACCAUCCCAGACAACGCCUUCCAGAGCUUUGGACGUUACAUGGAGAAACUACACCUGGACAACAUGGGUCUGGAGAAGUUCUCUGAUGGUGCGUUUACUGGUGUGACAGCCAUCAAGUCCCUCCACCUGGACAACAACAAGCUAAAGUCCCUUCCAAAAAGCCUAGAGUUUGGCACCAUCACCAACCUCACCCUCUCUAGCAAUCCUUGGAACUGUACAUGUCAGCUAGCUCCUCUGCGCAGGUGGAUGGACUCUAGCCGCAACCGUCCAGACGCAAUGUGCGCUUCUCCAUCGUCACAGAAAGGCAAGCAAGUCAGAGACAGCACUGCCUUCAGUGGCUGCAGAGCCAAGGCAAAGAGGGCCAAGAAGGGAACACGUCAUUGAACACACAGCUGUACAGGAGGCGCUGAGGAGGAGCCUGUCCGGGUGACCGGCUACAACAUGCAACGAAAGCAACGCUAACUCAUUCUACUUUAAGACUUUCCAUCUAUUCAUCUGUCAAAAUGCUGUCAUUUGUGUAAACACAGACAAACACUUUCAUAGAUAUACAACCUCUCUGUCUGUCUCUCGCUCACACACAAACACAUACACAGGUACACACAAGAAGAACUUUAUGGACCUGAGACAUAUUAUCAUUUACUUUUCAUUCAUUUAUAUUGAAGAUGAAGACUUAAGUAUGAAGUGGAAGUGGACCACACGCAGGUAACCACCAAAAUAAAGGAUACAUUUCAAUAAACUUAGGCUACAAGGCCUAUUGUGGAGGUUUUGUUGUCUUUACCUGGUGCGAUCAGUUGCUCAGAGUGCAAGGUAAACAGUAAACACAAAAAGUCUGACUUUUUCCCUGAGGAUGAUUAAUACACAUGAAAAUGCUGUAAACUAAAACCAGAGGAGUUUACAGCUGCACUAAUUUAUUUUUUGGCCACUUGGAGGCAGUGGAACAAACUGAAAACAUUUUGACCUUCUAAAGUUAUGAUUAGAGAUGUCCCAAUCUCUUGUAUGGGUACCGGUGCUGAUCCAAGCAUAAGUUGAAGGCCAAUAGUGUUAGCACUUUUACUCAAUAUAGAGGCUGUGAAUGUGUAAAAUGAUUUGGAUGCACACAUCCGGGUCCCAAAGCACCACUCUGCAACACCACUGAGCAACCAUAAGAGCUUCUGUAGUUACUCCAACAGAGUGGUAAGUCUUCCCUCUAGUGGAUUGCACCACAUCAGUUUGAGGAGUUGCAUUCUCCCACUUAAUCCUUCAUUCAUCAAUAAUUUAAGCUGAUGAAUGGGUUUGUUUUGAAACAGAAGAUCCAGUCAAACACAAGGUCUGCUGAAGUCUGUAGGCUGCACCUGUUGUUUCAAUGUGCAAGAUACUUCUGCUGCUAUGUAAAUAAAAGUAUCAGAGUGGCCUAGGAUUUGACAGAUACCCAAUAUUCAACGACUUAAAUUGGGAUCAUGGACAUUCCUUGUUAUGUUUGCGAACCAUUGCCUAUUCACACACGCAGCAGAUGUAGCGCAGCAUCAUAAUUUGUUUAAAGUCAUGUUUCCAGCCACCACCAGUGUGAGUAAUAUUCUCUCUCUUUUAGCUCUCCACCAACUCCUAAGAAACAUGUCUGGCUCUUUAGUUGCUAAAUGCUCCACUAUUUUCACCAGCUUGUUGCUAAUUUGUUGACUGUUUGUGGUUUGGUGCAGAAUCUGUGGGCUGAAAAACCGAAACAAUGAGUUAAAAGAGGCUACAAGGCUCCUAGAAGCUGCAGAAUCAGGGGAUAACUCUUUGUGGGUUUGUUCCUGCUAAUGACUCACAGUUAUUAUUACACUCAUUUGUGCCACUGAAUAUAAAAAAUAAUGACUGUCGCAAUUUUAAUGUAAAACAUCUCUAAAAUAGGUGAUGCUCCUUUAUUUUGGUGGUUAUCUGUACAAACAAGGAAUUAACAAUGACUUCCAAAACAAGAAUAAGAGGUAGAGAAAGCCUUCUCCUAAACUAGGAGGAAUUAUUAAACAUCCUACAACUGUCGCUCAGGCAGGCAUCAACACCCACGUACCGUCUGUUCUACUUUGUGAUGUCAGUUUCACACCCUCGCUGACUCAAGCCAUGACAUUUAAAGUGACCACAAAAAGGACAUAGCAACUGAAGGCAGACAAUAUUUUUCCAAGAAGUUUAAAAACUGAUGAGACUUGGAAGAUAAACAGGGGCAUUAAGGCAUAUACUGUAAUUUCCAACAUAUGUGUUCAUCUUUCAGUGCCAUUUUCCCUGUAUGAGGUUGUUUUAAAAUCCCAAAGAUCUAUAAAACUGGAUUUAGUUGAUUUUUGCCACAGAUAAUGUAGACAAAUAAGAAUUCAAAGAGACAUCUAAAAAGAUGAACACAGGGUUAUUGUGUCCUUACUUCAGUGCAAUUCAAACUACAACGGAUUUGUAAAAAAAAAGAAAAGUAAGAAAAGUUUCUUACACAACUAUGGGGGUACUGACAAGUGUGACUUUAUGCAUAUCUAAUGUAUAUUCAAUAUCUUAACAUUUGCUGGACUUUUGGAAGUGGUAACAAGUGUUCACAUCCAAUAAAACUUAAACAAAACUAA